UGAGGGCGCGGCAGGACCACGGAGAGCGCCAGGGCCGAGCUCAGGGCGGGGCGUCGCUGAGUCCCUAGAAUCCCCCCAGGGGGCGCUCGAGAGGAGGCUUAGGAACUAGUAUCUUGUGGGGCUGCUGGGCGCAAGGGUUUCGUCAGAAGGUGGAAAUCUUACUGAGAAGCUGCCAUCUCCCACCCUCAGCCCCCUCCCUUCCUCCUUUCCUUCCUUCCUCACUCCUCUGCUCCCUCCCUCCUUCCCUAGUUCCUUCCUCUUUACUCCGCGAGUUUCUGAGCCUUGCAGCUCCCUUCACGCUGUUUCACCUCUUCCCCCGCCCCCAUCCCCAAGAAUGGAGUCGGGGUUUCCAGAGCGACCAAACUCUCCUCCCAGCAUCUUUAUCCUCCUUGGCUAUUGCUAAACUGGCCUCAGAGGACCAAAGAGGGAGGAGGGAAGCCCGACCCUCCUAAGACCUCUUUACAACUACACCACCCAGGACCUCCACUCCAAGGCGGAUUUUGUAUCCUGGGGGCGGGACAGACCUGUCCCGGGCUGAAUUCUCUUUCUAGUCUCUGAGGCUGUCACACCCAGAAUGAAGAAGAUGAGUAACAUCUAUGAGUCAGCGGCCAACACGCUGGGGAUCUUUAACAGCCCCUGCCUGACCAAAGUCGAGCUGCGUGUGGCAUGCAAAGGCAUUUCUGACAGAGAUGCUCUGUCUAAGCCGGACCCCUGCGUCAUCCUCAAGAUGCAGUCUCACGGGCAAUGGUUUGAGGUGGAUAGGACGGAGGUGAUCCGUACCUGCAUAAACCCAGUAUACUCAAAACUGUUUACAGUGGACUUCUAUUUUGAAGAAGUUCAGCGUCUCCGGUUUGAAGUCCAUGACAUCAGCAGCAAUCACAAUGGGCUGAAGGAAGCUGAUUUCCUGGGUGGCAUGGAGUGCACACUUGGCCAGAUUGUAUCCCAGAGAAAGCUUUCCAAGUCCUUGCUGAAACAUGGGAACACUGCGGGGAAAUCCUCCAUCACGGUAAUUGCUGAAGAAUUAUCAGGCAAUGACGACUAUGUGGAGCUUGCAUUCAAUGCACGGAAAUUGGAUGAUAAGGAUUUCUUCAGUAAAUCUGACCCAUUUCUGGAAAUUUUCAGAAUGAAUGAUGAUGCAACUCAGCAGCUUGUGCACCGGACAGAGGUUGUGAUGAAUAACUUAAGCCCAGCCUGGAAGUCAUUCAAAGUCUCGGUGAAUUCUCUGUGCAGCGGAGAUCCAGACCGCCGGUUGAAGUGCAUAGUGUGGGACUGGGACUCCAACGGCAAGCAUGACUUUAUUGGAGAAUUCACCUCCACCUUCAAGGAGAUGAGAGGAGCUAUGGAAGGGAAACAGGUACAGUGGGAAUGCAUCAACCCCAAGUACAAAGCCAAGAAGAAGAACUACAAGAACUCAGGCAUGGUGAUACUGAAUCAGUGUAAGAUCCACAAGAUGCACUCCUUCUUGGACUACAUAAUGGGUGGCUGUCAAAUCCAGUUUACAGUAGCUAUAGAUUUCACUGCCUCUAAUGGAGACCCCAGGAACAGCUGUUCCCUGCACUAUAUCCACCCGUACCAGCCCAAUGAGUACCUAAAGGCCUUGGUGGCGGUGGGAGAGAUUUGCCAAGACUAUGACAGUGACAAAAUGUUCCCGGCUUUUGGGUUUGGCGCCAGGAUACCCCCAGAGUACACGGUCUCUCAUGACUUCGCAAUCAACUUUAAUGAAGACAAUCCAGAGUGUGCAGGAAUUCAAGGAGUCGUGGAAGCCUAUCAGAGCUGCCUCCCCAAGCUCCAGCUUUAUGGUCCCACCAACAUUGCUCCCAUCAUUCAGAAGGUUGCCAAGUCAGCUUCAGAGGAGACCAACACCAAGGAGGCAUCGCAAUACUUCAUCCUGCUGAUCCUGACAGACGGUGUCAUCACAGACAUGGCUGACACCCGGGAGGCCAUCGUCCAUGCCUCCCACCUCCCCAUGUCAGUCAUCAUCGUGGGAGUGGGGAAUGCUGACUUCAGUGACAUGCAGAUGCUGGACGGUGAUGAUGGAAUUCUAAGGUCCCCCAAGGGAGAGCCUGUCCUUCGAGACAUCGUCCAGUUUGUGCCCUUCCGGAACUUCAAACACGCAUCGCCAGCUGCCCUUGCAAAGAGUGUGUUGGCUGAAGUCCCCAAUCAAGUCGUGGACUAUUACAAUGGUAAAGGGAUUAAACCAAAGUGUUCAUCGGAAGUGUAUGAGUCUUCCAGGACACUUGCACCAUGAACUCCACACUUUUGCACAGUUCGGAAGCACUGUUCGCUAAGAUUUACUACUAUUCCUGUAUUUAAAAAAAAAAAAUAACGAUAACGACAAUAUACAUUUAAAGAUAGCACGUUUCGGUGAUUUUUAACUGACUUUUUUUUUUUUUUUUUUGCAUGUGUAACCCCAAGGCCUGAUCUGUAUUGUUAAAGACUUUUUACAUUGAAAUACAGUCAUAACAUCCUCUUUACAGCAUGUCGCCUUGAAAUAAAAUGGCAUAUGUAUCCAUUUUUAUACCGGUUUGUUGAAAUUUUGCUAAAUUUCUUAUUAUCUUUACACUGUAAAGCAUUUUGAAACAUUUCUCGAAUGUUGAUAGCCAAAACGGAUUUGGCUUAAUCUCCUAUAGGAAGAGAGAUUUUUCCAAAUGGCAGAUGCAUGGACUGUAUUUUGCAUGUUUAAAAAUAAUAAUAAAAAAAAUAAUCU